CGGCGGAAGCGGAGAGCUACUGUGUCCCGUGGGUUCUGGCACUGAGUUCUGGAGAAUCAUAGAAGUAUAGAAAUAUAUAGAAGAGAAAUUUUGGCUCUUCCACAGAGCAACCAAUCCUUCAGAUUGAAGUUGGUACCAUGCAGCAAGAAACAGAGAGAUGUAGAGUUCGAGCCAAAAGGCCUGACAUGGCACUUUAUGUACCUAAAGCUCGAAGGGGUACAGUACUCCUCAAUACAUGUGAUAAGGAAAAAAGCUGUGGUCCUUCUAAUUCUGUGAUAAAAGAAGAACAGAGAGAAGUUUGUCUGUUCCAAAAGGAGAUCUUUGGAAACAAACCUGGAGCUCAACAAUUAAGUAUUAAUCCUGAUAGAAAGGAGCAUAGUUAUAGGGAAGGAAGAAAAUCUUCAACAAAAAGAAAAGAUACAUACCUUCAAAAAAGGAAAAAAGAUAAGGUUUGUAGUAAGAGAGGAGCCACAGAAUCCAGUGAAGUAUUAUCCCCAGAACAUCAGCAAAGAGUUCCAAAUACAGAGAUUAUACCCACUUCCUCUUUACAAAGACAACCAAAGAGCGUGGAGUGUUUGGAGGUUCAAACUACAGUUGUGACAGGACAUGAAGGGAUACUUCUAUCACAGUCUUGUUCAGAAAUCACCGAGGCUCAGGUUCUAAAACAACCAUUCCAGAAUGUAGACUUAUGUAACUUCAGUAGACUUGAAUCAAGUGGGGAAACUUUUGAAGGCAGAGAUUCAGAAAGUGGAAUUGAAACUGAUGCCAAAGUUGUAGAGAUACUAUCCCAGUUUCCUAGAGUUUUCACAACUAUAUUGAAACCUGAGAAUAUGAGUAUACCAGUAAAACUAAGCUCUGAUUCUGAAAUUGUACUAGAAGGUUUGCAAACAUCAGGUGGAAUGCUGAAGCUCAGCAAUGGAAGCAUCCCUACUGUUCCUGGAAGUCCAGAUGGUGUCAUUGAUCAAACUUGUAUAGACUUUGAAGUUGAGAAUAUAGGUGAUAAAGCCAAUGCUACAAAUUUCAUCUUGUGUCAGAAAGGUAUAGAUUCCAUUCCUGAGACUGUGGGUCUCAUCUCUCAUAAAAUGACUAUGGCCAGCAAGUCAGAGAACACAAAUGGCAUUAUGGAUCCAGCAGUGAUUAGAGAGUAUGAGAAGAAUAACGGCACUGCUGAUGAGUUAUGUGUAAAGUGUGAACCUUCUGAUAUAAUUGUCCUUGCUCAUGAAACAGAUACAGAUAAUAGAUCCAAGAGUAUAGGUGACAUUACCAGUAAGUCUUGUAUGAUGGACACUACAGGUGCCAUACAUGAUCAUAUAACUGUAAGCAGCCCUUGUGUAGUUGGAGUUACACUAGCUGAUGAAACUUGUAGCAAUACGAAUAGUUUCUCAAAAUAUAUAGAUAUAAGUUCAGAUGCAUCCCCUUUUCAUGCUAAAAGUGAGAGUGACUCAGAAAAUUUCAGCAGCCUGACUGUUUGCUCUGAUAUUUAUGUUGAGAGUAUUUCAUCUAGUUUUACAGAGUCAACAGGAAAGUUGAUAGAGAGCUUGUCAGAUUGUGCUUCCUCCUUACCUAUAAAGAAGAUUACUGGUAGUAAUUGUAACAUUUUUUUGGACUCUGAACUCAGUUUGUCAAAUGGGACAAAAGUACUUUUAGAGAAUGCCUUGGGCAAUGAUCUGGAUAGUAUUGGUGAUAUAACAGAGGCAUUACAUGAACUGAGAACUGCUGAAGAGUUCAAAACAAAAGAGCAGGAUGACUCAGAGAAUAUAGGCUUUGGUGUAUCAGUUCCUGGUGGAGAAUCAUCUAUAGAAACAUCCAUGGAUUUUAAUGUAACUGAAACUUCUCAGAUAGAGGGAAAUACUGCUACUGAAGAGAGCUGGGAAUCUAUGUUUAACGAUGAUGGUGAUUGCGUGGAUCCACGUCUUCUACAAGAGUUAUCAGGGAAUAUGAAGAACAGGAAAAGCAUCCAGGAACCUAGAUUUGAUUAUUACAACCAUGAAGUUCCUGAUAUUGAUCUCAGUGAAUGUGAGUUUCCACAUGUCAUUGAAAUUUAUGACUUCCCCCAAGAAUUUCGUACAGAAGACCUUCUACGGGUUUUCUGCAGUUACCAAAAGAAAGGAUUUGAUAUUAAAUGGGUGGAUGAUACACAUGCCCUAGGAGUAUUCUCCAGUCCAAUUACAGCUCGUGAUGCUCUGGGUAUUAAACAUACGAUGGUGAAGAUCAGGCCCUUGUCACAGGCCACAAGAGCAGCCAAAGCCAAAGCUAGAGCUUAUGCUGAGUUCCUCCAGCCAGCAAAGGAGCGACCUGAGACUUCAGCAGCCCUAGCCAGAAGGUUAGUUAUCAGUGCUCUUGGGGUCCGAAGUAAACAGAGCAAAACAGAACGGGAAGCAGAGCUAAAGAAACUGCAAGCAGCCCGAGAGAGAAAACGGUUGGAAGCCAAGCAACGGGAAGACAUUUGGGAAGGUAGAGACCAGUCUGCAGUUUGAACAUCACACAAUGAAAGAGCUAAUUCCAUGAAUCAAAAAGUGUUUUCAUAGUCUUCAGAUAAGAGGAUCCUUCCAGAGCUGUGUACAUGCAGAUGUGCAUGUUAAAGAAAGAGAAAAAGUGAUCAAGACAAAGAGUCUAUAUAUAGAGAGAAGAUAAACUCCUGUCUUCGCUCCUAAAUGCAGCUCUUUGGAAGUGCCCUACUGUAGUGUAUAUAAAAGGGAGCCAUCUGUUGGGAAGAAACAUGGAAGAUGUGACUUCCAAGAGUCCUCUAAACAGGGCAAGUCAUACUAGUGUGGGUCACGCUUCCUAAAAUGUCUAAAGCAAAUAUAAAACAGAAAAGAGGAUUCAAACCUGCAAUGAUGGGAGAUUUAGGCCUUGCAAAGAUGGAGCAUUCUUUAGUACCUCACAAAGCUAAGAACAGCAAUACCAGGGGGCAAGUAGGAAACACUUAAUACAAAGAGACAGAACAGUGUCUGCUGUAGUUGACAUACACAGAAUCUACACUCCCAGUUCCAGAACUCUAAAAUUGGUGAACUGCAGCAGAUGUGGGUAUUUGGACUCCAGAGUUUGUACUGAGCUCAGUGCCUGGGGCUGCUCCAGCUGCAUAGCAGCCAGGGGGCUUGCCAGCUUCAUUCCUCAUCAUAAGCCAGUCUUGGGGAGCUGUGUACCAGUUUCAUUUUAAGCAGUAAUGUGUUGUAAGAGAGAGAUUAAAGGCCAUUUUAUGACACGUA